AUGGUCUGCCAGACUGCCAUGCUGCGCUGCACGGUGCUGUGCUAUGCUGUGCUGCCAUCUGUCGGUGCCUCAACAGGGCAGGUCGGCGACCUGGCCGAAGCCAACAUGGGAGUGGGAGUGCGAUUAUCUCUGCGCCGUGGAUCUCGGUUCGCGAGUGGCAGCGAGCCAGGCACGGCCAGAAGCGCAGACCCGCCCGCAGAGAGUCCAGAUUCGCAACACGACCCCUGGUCAGUGCGGCCACCAAAGGCCACGAAUCCGUCCCGAUUUGGUGUUGGCGCGCGGGGUAAAGGGCCCGCCACGUAUCCCACAACCGCCUCCAUGGAAUCAUGGAUCUCGUUCCCUGGACCUCCAGAAGCUCCAGAACCUCCAGAACCUGUCGUGCAACAGCAUGUGUGCUCUCGAAACGCUCCCAGCCUCCCGCAGUUCUCGCAUGUGGGAAUAGUCCAUGUCUCAGAAUCGUAUGACCGAGCACGCUCUGUGUGCGAUGUUGAAGUCUGGAUCAGAGCUCCGGCGCUUGCACGUCUGCUGGCCCCCAAGUUCGAGAACUUCUAG